GGCAAGGAUCUCUACAGACUGUAGUUGGCAUGGUAUUCCAUUGCAUGACUUUGCCUAGCUUCCUAUUAAUGGACACCUAGCUUCCUGUUAAUGGACACCUCGGUUGUCUGAUCAGCCCUUGUGAUCUCCCCUCUUUUUGCUUUCUUCCCUGUCCCCCAUCCCUACCGCCAGGCACAUGGCCACCCACUCAGCCCAGAAACCCCACCAGUGCAUGUACUGUGAUAAGAUGUUUCACCGCAAGGAUCAUCUGCGGAACCACCUGCAGACCCAUGACCCUAAUAAAGAGGCCCUCCACUGCUCUGAGUGUGGUAAGAAUUACAAUACAAAACUGGGCUACCGGCGCCACCUGGCCAUGCAUGCUGCCAGCAGCGGUGAUCUCAGCUGCAAGGUGUGUCUGCAGACCUUUGAGAGUACUCAGGCCCUGCUAGAGCACCUGAAGGCCCACUCACGCCGGGUAGCAGGUGGUGCCAAGGAGAAGAAGCACCCCUGUGACCACUGUGACCGGCGGUUCUAUACUCGUAAGGAUGUGCGGCGGCACCUAGUGGUGCACACAGGCCGUAAAGACUUCCUGUGCCAGUACUGUGCCCAGCGGUUCGGCCGCAAGGACCACCUGACACGUCAUGUCAAGAAGAGCCACUCGCAGGAGUUGCUCAAGAUCAAGACAGAGCCAGUGGACAUGUUAGGCUUACUCAGCUGCAGCUCCACAGUCAGUGUGAAGGAAGAGCUGAGCCCCGUGCUGUGCAUGGCCUCUCGGGACGUGAUGGGAGCCAAGGCCUUCCCUGGCAUGUUGCCCAUGGGCAUGUAUGGCACCCACAUCCCUACCAUGCCCAGCACAGGUGUGCCACACUCCCUGGUACACAACACGCUGCCCAUGGGUAUGAGUUACCCUCUGGAAUCCUCACCUAUUUCUUCCCCAGCUCAGCUCCCUCCAAAAUACCAGCUUGGAUCUACCUCAUACUUGCCCGACAAAUUGCCCAAAGUGGAGGUGGAUAGUUUUCUGGCGGAGCUUCCUGGAAGCCUCUCUCUCUCAUCCACUGAACCCCAGCCCGCCUCACCUCAGCCGGCGGCAGCUGCGGCCCUCCUAGAUGAAGCACUGCUUACCAAGAGCCCCGCCAACCUCUCUGAGGCCCUCUGCGCUGCUAAUGUGGACUUCUCCCACUUACUGGGCUUUCUUCCACUCAACCUGCCCCCGUGUAACCCGCCCGGGGCCACAGGAGGCCUGGUUAUGGGCUACUCCCAGGCCGAGGCACAGCCCCUUCUCACCACUUUGCAGGCUCAGCCUCAAGAGUCCCCAGGAGCUGGGGGGCCACUGAACUUCGGGCCUCUGCACUCCUUGCCUCCUGUCUUCACCUCUGGCCUGAGCACCACCACCCUGCCUCGUUUCCACCAAGCAUUCCAGUAGCCCCCAUGGAGGCCCUUGGCUCAGGCUUUGGUUCUGUCAGGGAGCCUUAGUACUCACCCCGUCCGUGUCCCCCAUGAAGGCAGCUGAGCUUUCAGAGCUGGGUUCGAAAAGAAAAAAUUCCAGAGUAUGAAUGGAGCACUUGGUUUGGGGGUUCAAGCUUCAGGAUUGAUUCUAGGAGAAGCCUUGAGUCCCAACCCCAUGAAAAGAUCUCAUACCAUAGGACUUCAGGUAUUUUUACUUUUAUUUUUUUUAUCUGAAUCGGGAGCCACGCUUAGCCCUCUCCCUCUCCAAAGCGUCAGAACCUCCUUCUCUUUGGAGAAGGCGGAGGCCUCUUGGAGACACAGAGGGUUUCACCUUGGAUGACCUCAAGAGAAAUAACCCAGGAAGCCCGCCUUCUGGUCCCAACCUGCAGACCCCACAGCAGUCAGUUGGUCAGGCCCUGCUGUAGAAGGUCACUUGGCUCCAUUGCCUGCUUCUAGCCAGUGGGCGGGAGAGAGGGCCUCUAAUCUUCCCGACCUCACCCAGACCUACUGUACCAGCACCCCAUCUUCAGUCAGUGUUUUCCAGCAAUGGUACCGUUUACACAGUUGCUUCAGACACACCAUUUCAUCUCCCUUGCCAAGCUGUUAGCCUUAGAAUGAUUGCAGUGAAAACUGUUUACACACCGUGAAUCCAUUCCCACCAAUCCAUUCCAUUUGGCACCAGCCUGAACCAUUUGGUACCUGGUGUUAACUGGAGCCCUGUUUACAAGGCGGAGUCGGGUCUUGCUGACUUCUCUUCACUUGAGGUCACAUUUUUCCCCCGUGGGGAAAUAAACUGACUUUGGACUGCUUCAGUCUCUGCCAUCUUCCAUGACCGCGUCUGUUCCUGCCUUCCUCAGCAGUGUCCACAGGAGACAGGCAAGAAGAUUGGAGCGGUUUUCUCACAGGUCUGCAGUUCUGUUUUUCUCCAAGUACAUCAUGACCCCUCAUCCUUUUGAACUGGAAAGGGGAGAAAAUGAAAGGCACGCACACAUCCAUCACCUCCCCAUCCCCAACCCCCACCCUGGACAUCAUGGGCUAUUAUUAGUCUUGGAAAGAGGGACUCUGGGUUCUAGGCUGGUGUGGAUAUCAAAGGAGAGGGUCUGAGCUCCUCAUCUGUCUCCCUCCUACCUGUCCCUUUGCCAGGAAGUUGUGGAAUUGUUGAAAGAAGAGUUUUCAGAAAGUUGGGACUGGGCAGAUAGUUGAGUUCUAAUCUCUAGAUUCGUUGUUGCCUCCCAUACCCCAAUUUUUCUUAUCCACAAUGUCCCUCCUAUCUCCUCCGCUUUGCAGUCCCCAUGGACUCAGGGCCAUCGCAUAGGCUUCUUUGCUCUUCAUCAAAGAAUUUCCACUUUCUUAGAGUCCCCUUCAGUUUUGCCCCUAUUAUCCAACAAGGUUUCUUGCAACAAAUGAUUGGUACUUUUCUGACUUGUGGAGCUCCGUGCUACAGACAGCACAGCCCUUGCCUAGAACCUAGCUGAACCCCAUUCCUGCUUCAUCUUAGUUCUGCAUGGGCUUUACUCUUCCCACUCGUGGAAGGGAGGCAGCUCAGGGACCACCAUUGUGGGACCCUCUUGAGACACCUCCACUCUGAUUCAGAAACACACUUCUACCUCUUUACUGUUAACUCCUACAGAUGCAGCCAGCAGUUUCUGGGCACUUCUCUCAGUGAGUGCCUCUUGCUGGCUUCUCCACUAGGAUUUCAGGACAAACUACCAAGAAACUGCCUCAUCCUCUCAUCAGCCCUCCCCCACCCACUUCCACCUCGACUCACUUUGGUUUAUCAUCAGGAACUGAACUGGUCCAAGACCCAGGUUUCUGCUUCAGCCCAGGCCAGUACUCCUUGUUUGAGGUGAAAGCCUUAAAAUUUAGCUCCCUGGCUCCCGCUUGGAAACAAUGUGUAGUGAAUAAGUGUAUUUUGAUUUAGGCAGGGUAGCUUGGGUUAAAAAAAUAAAACCAGAUAUAAAAAUGUCUGGCAAGGUUAGAAUCAGACUAGGUGAUUUACUUCUGAAAAAUAGUUUCAGUGAGUCCCAGGGACUAAUUAAGGUUUUUUAGAAAAAGCGUCUACCUUGGUACGCAGCCACCUCCUACAUGCUGUGCAUGUUAUUGGGACUCGUAUUAUAGGAAAUGGUAUGUGAGAAUCCGAGAGGGACUCGCUGCUGCCAUUCUCCUUGUUGUGUCUGGUCUUCAUCACUAGACCCAGCAACCCUUCUCUCCUUGCCUGCCACCUUCCCUGCACCCUCAGUUUACAGAGGCCAGUGGGCCUCUGGCCACAGAAUAUAAAGUCCUGGGCUGUUAGAGGAGUCCUGUACUCUCUGCCUGCCCUUUUGUAUCCUUUCCUUGAAUUCUCUCCCCACAUUAGUGAUGCUGGGAAACUCAUAAGACAGGCAAAGCAACUAUUUAAAACUUUGUAACUGGGGCCUUGCCCCCCACCUCCUGUUUUUCUCUUUGCCUUCCCCCACUCCCAUCCUUUCCCUUCCAUCCUGUCUCUCGUUUUGUCUUCCCUCAAUGCCCUCACCACCCACAAGGAAUUUUCCAUAUCACUGUGAACUUUGCUGGUGCAGAGGAACAUUAUCUGUGUUCACCUUUUUUUUUGGACCUUAGCCACUCAGCUGUUUCUUAAACCUCCCUUCCCAAGAUAAAAAAAAAAAAAAAAAUCCUUAUUGGCCUGGUUGUUUAAAGGAUAAGAAUAACUUUGUCCUACUUAGUACCCAAACUCACUUCAGUACACUUACUGAGGCCAUGAGAGAGCCUGAGGGGCACCUGCCUAGGACAGUAGCCAUGGCAUGUGGCAAAGACCAAUCAGGGACCAGAAAAAUGGGAUGAUGUCCCCUUUCCCCAUCAUCAGCAGCCUCUGUCAGCAAUGAGCUGUCUUGAACAGGUGGCAGGCACCUCCUGCACAGUAGCUGGUCAGGGCUGAGUGCAGUCCUGGGGCCAGGGAUGACAAGCCCAGGUGUCAGCUCAAAGGAUCUCUGCACCAUCUUAAAGAGGUGGGAGGCAGGGAAAGGAGCACCAAUGACUUUUUUCCCCUUAACCUUUUACAAAUGGCAUUCUGUUAAUGGAAAUCUGGGAAGCAGGUGUGAUUACUUUUUUGCUCGUAGAUAUUGUCCUAAGUUGAAAUUCUCCCACUGCCCUAAACUUUCCCUAGUAGCCCUUUAAAUUCUUCCCUUUUUGGUAGCUGUUUGCUCCGCCCUUUCUCCACCUCCCCUCUUAUCUAGGAGCUGUUUUUAAGCAUGAUUUUUUUAAAAACAGGUUAUAUUGUACAGGAUCAAUGUUUUGCUUUUUAACAAGGAUAUUUAUGUAAUAAACUUUGCCUUAGGCAGGUGUUGGCCAGAAAAGUCCAGAUUCCUCUGGAACCCCACCCUGGCCUCUCCUGGAGCUCUGAACCUGCUGUGGAAGGAACUGGCCGUGACCUUCACCACUGGAGAGUGGGGUCUGUGGCGAGGGAGGGGGUGUUCACCAUGAUAAUAUAGUGCUUCCAUGGAGGGGUUUGGAAGUAUUCAGUCCAGUUUCUUCUCAUGUCAGCCGACUUCCUCGGCUGAUUCUCCCAUAAGCACCUCUCCACUUUGGCAUAUUUGGCACUAGAACUCCUGAGACACCACUUUUCAUGCACCUCCCUCCCCCGCAGCAGUCAAGGCUUUGGAGCCACUCUUCCGUAAUGCCAGAUUAUUUAAAGAGAAAAAAUACAAGACAAAAACCUUCUAGCACUUUGUAAACACAGUGAAUAACCUCUUGGAGUAUUUUUGGCUUUAUAUAAAACAAGGUUUUUAAUUGUAAAAUAUAAGUGCCAUUAGAAAAUGCACAGGGCGUAUCUUUGUUAAAGUAGAUUUUUCAAUGUUUUACAGAAUUACAUUUUCAAAAAAGUUUUUAUAAUGAAGUUGUUUAUUAAAAACUUCUGAAUGAUG